AACUACAAUCAAACAAGUAUCGAAAAUAAGGUGGCACGUAAUUUAUAUGGAUAUCACGAGCGUUAAAUGUUUGCGUUGGCUUCUGCUUUGUGCUGACAUUCGUUUGUCACCCACAUACGUCUGGUAUAUUAAAAUAUUUAACUAAGUAAUUAGGCAACUUCGAUGUGCGUUCAAGAAAAUUGUAUUUAAACUCGAUCAAUCAGCCAAUUUGCUAUCAGUUCCAUUCACCACCACAGUGAAACAACUACCAAACAACAACAAAUUAAAAAUGUUCAAAUAUUUCGCACUCGUUUUCGUCGCGCUCUUCGCCUUCGCCGCCGCCGAGCCUAAACCUGCUGUGGUGGCAGCACCAUUGGCCUACUCAGCUUACUCAGCCCCAUUGGUCGCUUCCCCCUAUGCCGCUGCUUAUGCUGCCCCCUAUGCCGCUUAUGCCGCCGCUCCUUAUGCCGCCUACGCUUCACCCUACGCCGCCUACUCCGCUUACCCAUACAACGCCGCCUACGUGCUCCGCAAGUGAAUGGAAGUUGUAAAACUUAUAUCUGUUUAGCAGUUGAUGAAGUGAAUGGGCAAUUGAUUUCGAAUAUGAAUUCUCAAGAAAUAUAUAAAACGAUCAUUUAAAUAACAAAAAGCUUUUUACUUUUAUUGCUACCACAAAAGGCCUGUUUUCUGCUUAAGGACAAUAUUUGUUUUCAAAAUAUUAUUCUCACUAAAUUGCAGUUAAUUUCGCAGAAUUGGCAAGUAAAUUUCAUUUGAAAUGGAGUUGGAAAAUUGAACACUUUGUGCGAAAGGAUAAUAAAAUAAUUUUAUCUUUACAAUGUAUUUAUAACUGUCAUUCUUUGAGGGUUGCCAUUUUGUCGGCUGAUUGUAAGUUAAAAUUCCAAAUUUGACAAAAUCGA